AUGGCAAUAAGAUGGAAGAAAGAAACAAUUCUUAUUUGUGAUGUUAUACUUCGUCGAAAUAAUCCCAAUGAGAGACUUGGUCUUACUUUAUGCUAUGGUAUAACAGCGAGUGCCACAAAUAUUUAUAUACAAGACGUUGAACCCGGUAGUGUUGCCUAUCAUUCAAAUGGUCUUCAAACUGGUGAUCAAAUAUUAAAAAUAAAUAAUAAAGAAGUGAAAAGUCGUGAUGAAGCGAUACGUUUAGUACAGAAUGUUUGCAUAAUUAUACUUCAAAUAUUUCGUUUUCAGUUUCAAGAACAUUUACCAUUUCCAUGGCCGCUGUUUUCAGCCAGUUAUUCAUCGAAUGAUGAUAAUAAUUUUAAAUCUGUAAUAAAACCAAAUUAUUGUUACACAACAACAUCGUCGGAUGUUUGCAUCAAUACGGCAAAAGAAGAUGAUAGUGGAGUAGUAGUGGCAACAGAUACGGAUCAUAAAUCAAAAAGUUUAAAUAGGGAUUUAAAUCAACAUAUUGAUAACACAAAAUAUUUGCCUAAACCCUCGUCAUUGAACUCACACUUUGAACAGCAAAUUUCAUCUGCAAACUACUGUUCAUGUCGGAUAUGUCGUCUCAUUCGUUCAUACUCUAAACAAAUUCGUUAUCGUCGAUGUUUAUCACUAAAUGAUUUUCUAUUAGUUCAUAAUGAUACAACGAUGUCUUGGCGAGCUCCUUCGCGUACAGUAACAGAAGAAAGUAGAGCUACAAUAUCUCGUUCACGAAGUUUAAUAUUUCAGAAACAAAGUACAAUUUUAAAGCCAUUACCAUUUCGUGAUGACUAUAAGAAUACAGAAUCGGAUGAAAUCGCAUCAAUAUUAAUUCGUGAAGAUAUUUAUUCACAUGGCGUAUUUGCCAAUGCAAAAUAUGAUAGUGACAGUGGACUGGGUCAACAAUGUGAAGAAUCAACUACGGCAACAACAGUAACUACUACCGAUCCUCUUCUAUCUGUUACUCCUGUACCAGUUGUUCUAAAUUGUUAUUCAAUAUCUCCUUUAAUGAAGCCAAAAAUUCAACCAUCACUUCCAGCUCAAUGGUCAUUCAAAUAUAUUGGUAAUCGUCAACAACGUUUACUGUUAAGAAAUCGUAUAUUACGUGCACGAGAAAAACGAAUAUUAGAAGAACGAUGUUUAACAACUGAUGAAGAAUAUAUGUCCGAAUUAAAAACGGGUAAAUAUUGGACAAAAAAUGAACGUAAACGACAUUUACAACGCGCAAAAGAACAUCGUCAACGUCAAAAAUUUAUGAUGAAAUCAUCAAAAUUAUUAUCAUCAUCUCGAACGUCUUUAUCAACAACAGCAACACGUGAAGAUGAUUAUGAAUUAUUAACAAGAGUAUUUUUGAGAACAAAUACUGGUGAACAAUUAAAACAGAAUUCAAAUUUAUUUCAAACAUUUUGUUAUCAACAUGAAAUUGAAAAACAAAAUUUACUUAAAACACACAGUAUAUCAAGUACAAGUAUGGAGACAAGUAGCAGUAUAGACACAUUUGUAGUAUUAUAA